AUCCACAUUCCUUCUACUUUCUUAGUCUUUUAAUUGUCUUUCUCUUUCCCUUCCCACCCAUACAGUCAAUCUACAAGAUGAAGCUCUCCGCAUUCGCCAUCGCCUGUAUCCUCGGCUACACCUCCGCCCUGCCCGUCUUCGGCGAACAGGCUCCCACACAAACUGGUGUUCAGCCCACCGGUACUGCGGCCUUCCAGAACCCUCCUCCAUCUGGCUCGGCUGGACCUGCUCCCUCUGGUGGCCCUAGUGGCUUCGGUCAGCAGGGUGGACACGGUGGUUCUGGAGAUGCUUCCGCUGGCGGUCAGGCAUUCCCCUCGGUGACCUUCUCCGGUGCUGCUCCUUCCGGAGGUCCUGAGGACCACCAGAAGCGUCAGGUCGAGAUCCCGGCCUCCUUCACCGAGGGUGGCUCUGCUCCCACCGCUGCUCCUUCUGGUGGCUUCGGUGGUGCUUCUCCUUCCGGCUCGUUUGGAGGCACUGUUCCCUCCGGAUCCCCCAACGGCCCCUCCCCCUCUGGCGGCGUUGGUGGUCAGGGCGGCGCUUCUCCCUCUGGUUUCCCUGGUGGUGCCUCUCCCUCUGGCUUCCCCGGUGGCGCUUCUCCCUCUGGUUUCCCUGGUGGUGCCUCUCCGUCUGGCUUCCCUGGUGGCGCCUCUCCCUCCGGUUUCCCCGAGGGUGCUUCUCCCUCCGGUUUCCCCGAGGGUGCUUCUCCCUCCGGUUUCCCCGAGGGUGCUUCUCCCUCCGGCUCCCCUCAGCAGGGUCACGGCUCGCAGAGCCACCACGGCGGCCACAGCGGCAACAAGCAAGGCCAGUCCUCAGACAACGCUUCCUCUGAGUCUGAGCAGAAGGUCGAGCGCCGCCAGUUCGACCAGAACCAGGGUUCCUCCUCCGAGGGAUCCUCCCACGAGAGCGGACAGGGCCGACAGGGCCAGGAGGGUGGCUCUUCCGGCUCCAGCGGCAGCUCUUCUGAAGGCCCCUCUCCCUCCGGCACCGUUGGUGGCUCUUUCCCCUCCGGCUCCUUCGGUGGCCAGGGCGCUUCCCCCUCUGGCUUUGCUAGCGGUGGCUCUUCUGGUUUCGGAGGUCAGGGUGCCUCCCCGUCCGGGUUCCCCGGGGGCGCUUCUCCUUCCGGCUCUGUUGGUGGGCAAGGUCCCUCGCCCUCCGGUUCUUUCGGUGGCCAGGGCCCGUCUCCUUCUGGCUCCUUCGGUGGUGCCGGUGCUGAGCCCUCGGGCGCUCCUUCCGGCGCUGCCCCCACCGGUGCUUCCGGCUCUUUCUAAGCUUGUGUGGGAAGAUUCUGUUUCUCGCGCUGCGUAUACACUCCUUCGACUGUUCGAUGUUUAGGUUGUGGAUAACCUCUAUAAGCACCGCUCUUCGACUAAUGGAGAAGGCAUGUGGAGGAAGCGUUCGAUUGAGUACGAACCAUGGGUCUGCGCAUACGAUAUAGGCCAGAGAACUGUCUUGGUGGAGAAUUAUGUACAGUACAAUAAUCAGGCAGCUUGAAUCAGACUAUUCUGCUAUUUGAAAACGGC